CUCGUUCACCUUCCCUUUCUCCUGUUUUAUUUUUAAUCUCUAUCAGUGAAACCGAAAAUGUCUGUCGAUUUCGAUUCCAUUUGUAAGAAUUUGUGUACAUGGGAUCGUAGAUGUUUGCCUUCUUGGCAGCGGCAGUUUCGAUGGCUGAGCAGUCUCCGGAGAAUAUUCUGGUGCCUGUGGAGGAGAUGGAGGCUCUUGCUGUACAGGGAGCGAAAUCAGCAUCUUUCUCAGCCACUGGAUUCCAGAUAAGUGAGGGGGACAUUGAAAAGAGAUUCCAGAUUGUGAGGAGUGUUGGUGAGGAAUGCAUACAAGAGGAUGAGUUGAGGAAUCUUCUCACCAAGAAGGUUGCUCCGAUUUGCUAUGAUGGUUUUGAACCCUCCGGAAGGAUGCAUAUUGCACAGGGAGUGAUGAAGGUUAUCAACGUGAACAAAUUGACUUCAGCUGGUUGCCGAGUGAAAAUUUGGAUUGCUGAUUGGUUUGCACAGUUGAACAACAAAAUGGGCGGUGACCUGAAGAAAAUCAAAGUUGUUGGAGAAUACUUCAAGGAGAUAUGGAAGGCUGCUGGGAUGAACGAUGACAAGGUGGAAUUCCUGUGGUCAUCUGAAGAAAUAAAUGCUCGGGCAGAUAAGUACUGGCCUCUUGUCAUGGACAUUGCUCGCAGAAACAAGCUCCCUCGAAUCUUAAGGUGUGUGCAGAUCAUGGGACGAAGUGAGACAGACGAGCUGAGUGCUGCCCAGAUUCUUUACCCAUGUAUGCAGUGUGCGGAUAUUUUUUUCCUCGAGGCUGAUAUUUGUCAGCUAGGAAUGGAUCAACGAAAAGUAAACGUGCUUGCAAGAGAAUACUGUGACGACAUAAAGAGGAAAAAUAAACCCAUUAUCUUAUCCCAUCAUAUGCUUCCGGGUCUUCAACAAGGACAAGAAAAGAUGUCCAAAAGUGAUCCCUUGUCUGCCAUUUUUAUGGAAGAUGACGAGGCAGAAGUUAAUUUCAAGAUCAAGAAAGCAUAUUGCCCUCCGAAAAUCGUGGAAGGGAACCCAUGCCUUGAAUACAUCGUAUUGCAAUGGUUUCACGAGUUCACGGUUGAACGGAAUGAAAAGAACAGCGGUAAAAAGACCUACACAGAAUUUGAAGAAAUAGUCGAUGACUACAAGAGCGGGGAGUUGAAUCCCGGAGAUCUAAAGCCGGCACUCUCCAAAGCCUUGAAUAAGAUACUGCAACCUGUCCGAGAUCAUUUCAAGAACAAUGAACGUGCCAAGAAUCUGCUCAAACAGGUUAAGGCUUACAGGGUCACCAGGUGAAAAGCACAGGACAUGAAGAGAAGAAACAUAUGUCCCUAUGCCUUUGCCGUUGUUGCAUUGCUUCUGGGACAUGUCUCUCUGUCUUACUAUUGAGAGUACUUUGUUGGAUUUUGGUAUUUGUGUGUUUCAGAUAAUACACUUAGUUAGGGUUAAUCCCACAAAAAACCUCAAACUUGUUAAAAUGUUCCAUAUAAAACCCUAAACUUAUAAUCUUCCACAAAAAAUCCUGAAUUUGGUAAAAACUUCUACAAAAAUUAUAAACUUACAAUUUUCUUCUAUAUAAAACAUUUGAUUUGUUUGACCAAAAAUUUUGCUGAUAUGGCACGCCAG